UGUCCCAGAAUGCAGUCUGGUAAACAGUCAUGGAAGCACCAGGUGAAGACCUCCUCAGAGGCUGAAGACUGAACUUCAAUCUUUCCCGGCGCCUUACGUCUUCUUCGUUCGGCGCAUCCGUUUGCUAUAGAGGACAGUGGUGUCUCGUGUGAGUUUCCACCACCCAGAGACACGGGAUUGUCACCAGUGUGUGCGUGGAAAUCCUAUUAACUGAUGAGGAGGGACUGAUCAACUUAAGAAAGAAAAAAAAACACUUUUGGUUUCCUAUUUUACCAAGCGGAAAGAAUGUCGGAAAGGGCCGAGGAUGACGUCAGGGGGGAGCAGCGCCGAGCGGCCAGGCAGCAGCUGAAGCAGCAGCAGCAGCUCCAGCGGGGAGAAGGCUCCACAGCAAUGGCGACUGUUGCGGAGCGGAGAUCGUUGCCUAGUCCCGAAAUAAUGCUGGGACAGCCUUGGAGCAACUGGGUCGACGCCGCCAAACUCCACGGACACGACGGUGCUGAAUCGGAAGAAAGUUUCAAAGAGUUGGGGAAAAAUCGAGAAGCCAUGCGUUUGUGCAUAGAAGACAUGCCCAUAUUUGGCCAGUGUCCUGCACAGGAUGACUUCUUUUUGGUUAUGUGCAACCACUGUGGUCAUGUGGUGAAGCCACAAGCUUUCCAAGCACACUACGAAAGAAGACACAGUUCAACCAGCAAGCAGUCGUCCACAUCGCCCUUCCCCGUGUCCGGCAAGAACCGAAGCAGCAGCGGCGGGCUUGGACCUGCGCUGGGCUCGGCGGCCGGGGCAGGAGUGACGAGUGCAAGCAUCCUCAGCCGACCAAACACUGCCAGCUCCAGUGUGUCCCUCUCGUCCUCAUCGUCAUCCUCCUCCAGUCUAAAACUUGUCAAAUCAGCCAAAGACAAGCUGCCAGGCGUUCAGCGAAGACCAUCGAUUGCCCCGUUCAGGAUGCCACACCCAGACAAAAUCCUCACUCCGGCUGUCCAGGUAGAGAAGAUCCAUCUGAAGGUGGACUCGUCAACGAGGCUCGUCCAGGCGCAAGCCGCCCCAGCUACCACCUCAUCCUCUUCCACUACACCCCUAUCUAGCACCACUGUGAGCUCCAAUACUACCACCGUCACCACCACCUCCUCCACCGCCCUUAAAGCAAGCCUUAACUGUCCCUCCACACCAAAGCUUCCACUGCUGGCCUCAAGUCAGAUCCCCAACGGCAAGGGCGUCCUCUCCGACAAGAAGCGGGACAGCAGCAGCACCAGUGGCAGACGGCACUUCAGCAAGAAAGUAUCUGAGCGCGAGUUCAAUGCAGAUAUCCACUGUGGUGUUUUGGAUAUAACCGCGCGCAAACCCUGCACAAGAUCCUUAACAUGCAAGACACAUUCCUUAAGCCAGCGGAGGGCAGUGCCGGGCCGCAGGAAACGCUUUGACACACUGCUGGCAGAGCACAAGAACAGAACAAGGGAGCGGGAGAGAGAACGAGAACAUCAACAAGCCCACACGCCGCAUAACGCCCCCCUCAGGGACCCACACCCCUCCUCUCACCUCGCCUCCGGCCAUGAUGCCCCUCAGCUGGCUCACGGCAAUGGCCCGACCCCUGAUGCCACGAAGCCUUCUCCACUCGGAAAGCCCAAAUUUCAUAGUCCCGGUCUUCCACGGCUGAACAGCAGUCACGCCGGUGGUUCUGGAGACGGAGCAGCUAUCCAGGAGCCCCAGCAUCAAACCCAAACUACCCCUGAUAGUUUUUCCAGACUCUCCAGUGAUGAAGGAGAGAACGAGGAGCGUGAGGACAGCGCUGACAAACUGGACUGUCAUUAUUCAGGUUAUCACCCACGACCAGCAGCUUUCUGUACGUUUGGCAGUCGACUGUUUGGCAGAGGCUGUUACUCCUUUGACAGGCGGUGGGACAGACUGCGAUGUGCCCUCACCACGAUGAUGGAGAAGCAUGUCAACGCUCAAAUGUGGAAGAAAAUCCCCUUGGCCUUGGAGAACUCCUCUGUUGCACCCACCCAUAGGACAAGCACAAAUUCCCACAGUAACACUCCCUCCACAGGCUUUCUGAGCCCCCCUGCCACUUUGCCCCAAACUCCUUAUAGCCAAACUCAUGAGGGCAAAUCAGCGCUCUCCUAUGGGACCACCUUAAAUGCUUGCAGCUCCCCACAGGGCGGGGCUGAGCACCCGGCCUAUGGCACCACGCAGGCCCGACAAGUGUCUUCGUCGCCACAGAUGCCUUCAGCCCACUUGUCUUCGUCCUCUUCUUCCUUGGUACCUUCCCUCGCUUCAGGCCGGGCGCCAAAGUCUCGUUCCUCCAGCACCACCAAGUCGUCGUCCUCCUCAUCUUUCAGGCCUAGGGACACCUCCUCAAGCUCCUCCACAUCGGUCACCCCAAACACCACCGGAGGAGCAAACAAUAACAACAGCAGCACUAACUUCAGUGCUGCGAAGAAGAGGAAAAACAGUUCUGUCCUCACGUCAUCCUCUGAAUCUUCCUCCUCUAACGCCAACUUCUCCUCAUCCCUCAAGAAGAACUGUGCAAAUGUCAGCAGCUCAGGGAGCACUCACCAACACAGCUCAUUAGGUCUGUCAUCGUCAAUGUCCUUCUCCCACAGUGGAGUCCACAGCAUGGGGCUCAACUGUGGUCCCAACGUGCGGACCAACUCUCUCAGUCUCAAGGCAGAGGCUUCUGGAGGUUCAGCGGGUGGCUCCUCCGGGCCGCCGGCACGAGGUCCUCCUUCAGGCAGCCCUGCAGAGUCCAUCAAGCGGAUGAGUGUGGUGAUGAACAGCAGCGACUCCACUCUUUCCCUGGGUCCGUUCGUCCACCGCCAGUCCUCAUCGUCAUCCGAGCACCACACCAGCUUUAGCCACCACUCCUCAGACGGACGCCUGGAAGGAAAGAAGCGCAAAAGCUCCUCGGCCUCCGGUGGCAUUAAUAGUGGAGGGGGGGGAGGAGGGCUUGGGGCAGGAAGAGGGGGUGGGCCAGGGACAGGUAGACCCAAAGUGGCAAAGUCUCCUGCCAUUAACAACAUCCAUGGGAAGCAUGGGCGGAGCAUUCCAGGGGCACCAGGACUACCAAACAACUCCCAUUUACAUCAGCCCAAGGCUCGUCCCUGACAGGAGUCUCCGGCUUCUCCGGCUUCAGAACUGGAAAAACGGAUGAGGAGUAAUCUGGAGCGGUCCACCAACUGCUCUGGACCGCAUGAGGCCUUCUGAAACAAAAAUCCACAUUACUCUCAGCUACCCACAAUCCUCAGGGUGGAGAUGACCUGGACUGCCCAGUAAAGUAAAUGUGGUCCUUAAUACUUUUCCCAAAGCCAUGUAUGUGUGUGUACGUGUGAUUGAGGGGGGGGACUAAACAGGGACUGGGGUCUGAUUAUCGAGCCAAGAACCCCCACCCCUCUACCCCCCAUGCAAGGGGUUUCUCAGUAUUUUGAGAGCUCCUCCCAUGCAGUCAGAGGCAGAGGGAUCAGUCUGCAUCAGCCAUGGUUGUCUGGUCCCGGUGUUCAGGUUAAGGGCUGCUGCAAACGUGCCGCCCUGAAACGGAGUGACUGCAGAGACGACGAGCAGAUCUCUCUAAGCAGAAGAAUGGGUGUAAAAGUGUGCGUGUGUGUUUGUGAGACACAAAGAUUUUUCUCAGAUUCUGCUUGACUACUGGACUUUCCAACAUAAUGACACCCCCAGCGCCUGAUCUCAGAAGCCUUGUUAGGAGAGCAGGAGGAGGGAAUUAAUAAUCGCAACACAAAAUCACCUUGUUUGGCUUCUUUUUCUCGGUGUGCGUCCUUGUGGCGCCCUCGUUUUGUAACCUUUGGUCGCGUUCACACACCUGAGAUGAGCCUACCUGGAUGAUCUGGAGAUUCUUAAGUUACCCAAAAUAAUUAUGCAAGUUUUUAUUUUCUAUACGUAUAAUUUCUUACGAGCUUUUUACACUGAACUAUGAAAAGUCGUGGAAACUUGAGGAAGACAGUUGUGCUUUGAAAUGUGAAAGGGCACCUGGUGUUUCCCCUCGGGUUAAAUCUUUGAUCAGAUCCAGAGGGGGCACCUGAAUCUGUCCGACGUGACAGCCCCUUGAGACCCACCCCCAACUGUGAACAGCACUAAAUAAAGGAAAAACAAAGCUACUUUCUCCACAGGCACGGCGCCGCUGUCCACAAAACUAGCCAAAGGCUUUGCCAAGUGGUCGUCUUUAAAGCUGGGGUCAGUACUUCUGAAGCAGUGAUGGUGCAUUAUGGGUAUGAGAAUCUGUGCAAGCUGUGUUGCUAUAGCCACCAUUUCUUUUUAUUUCCCCCCUCCGUGGAGCUUUUGGGGGGGGUCAGGCAGAUGUGAAUUGUAACGUUUUACUUCUCCCAUGUAGGGAAUCAGGUAUGGUACGCCUAAAACUGGAACAAAACUUGCACGUCACUCGUCUUCUGCAGGUGGGAUUGCCCCCCUCCUGCGUGUAACCACUACCCAAACGUCUGGUCGCUCACCAAGUGGCUUGUCGGAGUGGCCAGACACGAUGCUGUAUUCCAAAACGGAGUCUUAAACGCGGCGGUCCCAGCCUGUCGCGCUGGGAUGUUUGCGCAUUCGGGGUGAAUGUUAUGGCGUGAGAUUCAUGGAGAUGACUUCACAGAAUGCAUCUUUUGACUAAAGUAGUCCUUUUUACACAACUGAUGUCAAAUCCUAGAAAACGUAAAUGAGAGGAUUUCAUUUAGAAAAAGAAAAGUAGCUCCCCCUCCCUUUCUUGUAGCUCCUGUAUCAAAAAAAAAGUAUUGAAGUAUUUGAAAUGACAUAUUUUGUUAUCAAAUUGUACAUAGUAAAUUAUGUAUUUUUGCACAUUUUUCGUAUGCAUCAAUUUUUUGCUACAAUUUUGGAAAAUUGUUUAGUAACUUUAAAGAACACGACUAUUUGAAGUGUUCCACUGCCAAGUCUAUACGAUGCAAUAUCUCCAUACAGUAGCUGAAGCAUCUCAUGAAUCACAUCCUUUAAAGAGCGUCGCCACUGUAGCAUGCGUCUGUACGACGGAGGAUACCUUUAGUCACCUUUCAAGGUCUUGAUCACACGUGCUUUCAGAAAAAAAAAAUUCUGUUGCCUAAGAAUCAACACAAGAGAAAUCUGUGAUUGUGGGGGGAAAAGUCGCAGCUCCCGUCAAACGAUAUGAAACUUUUUCGGAAGGCUGAAGGGGAUCGACAAAGAUUGCUGCUUGCAUCGUCGUUGCCAAACAAGUCGUUUGAAUCACAGGUUUAAAAGAAGAAAUAUCCGAUUAAAGAAAGUGCCUGAA